ACAAUAUUUUAGUUGUUAUUUAACUCUCUCAAGGAGAGGACAGUCUUUUUGUUCGAGGGUUUUUUUUUGUUGUGUCAUCCCGGGAAGACGAAAAGAAGGAUCUGUAUGGUGAUCUUAAAUGUGCGCGGAAUAGAAAAAAAAGGAUCUCGAGAAAAAAAAGUGAGAAAGAAUUCCGGAUAGAUUUGUGUCAGGGGUUGGAAGAAGAAGGAUAAGGCAAACUUUUCCCUUUUCGCGUGAAAUAUUCUUUGAAUGGAACUGUGGGACACAAGGAGUGGAGUGUGCGACCAAGGGAAGAGGACCAGGACAUUGGAAUAAUCCCAGCGCUUUUGGAAGUGAACAAAGGAGGAACGAUUUCAAUUCAGCAAAAUCGAGGAAAAGAUUCAAAUUACAAGAUAUUUUCACCGUCGUGGAAUUUUCGUCAGAGAUUGCACCGAUAGGGGAAUGAAAUAAGGAAAGCGAAAUAGUUCAAUAAAUCUGAGCAAAUUCCGUGAAAACAGUGCGAGGAAAGCCGGAAGAAAGCCGAUCAAAUAACAAGGUGUAAAAAGUGUUACUAAACUCGCGGAUUAAGGUGAAAAGUCAGUGGUUCUACAAGCACCUCCAGGCGGAAGCAAGUUAAGCAAUAGCUGAACUUUUUCCCAGAACAGUGUAAAUAGUUGUUGUCCAUCGGGAGGAAAGAAGCCUUACGAGGGGAAAACGUCGCGUGUGGAAAAUAAGUACCAAUUCUACGGAGGAGGUGAGAAAACUCGAUUACUUAUCAGAGCGAAACUACCGCUAUAAAUGUAAACAGUGAUAAAACUAUGCACUUCAACUACGGUAACCAGCCGAAGGAAAGGUUAAAGUCAUAAGCGACACUAAUUGAUGCUCCUUCCAACCCAUUUGAAAAGUGCUCGGGCUUUGGAGGAAAAUCCCGACUAAGCCGCGGGAGCAAUUACCACGGCUCGAUUGUUUGCUCGAGCCAGGGUCUUCAAGAGGCAAUGUGUGUGUGAUUUAGCGGUUGCAACUUUGUUCAAGUAAUCAGUGCUAAGUGGUUUUAGCCGACGGUGCACAAGGAUUGAGGGCUUUGUUUACCAGUGCGUCGUCUCGUCCAAUGGAUUGCAUUCAUGUUGAACCUUGGCGUGGAUAGCUGGGACGACUACAAGCAGACGUGUUGUCACUCAACAAGAUAAAAAGUGUCGCUGAUGAGAAAUAAACAAAGACGAAAUUCAUAAAAAACACCGCUCAAACGUGAUACUGUCGAAAGCGCAAAAAAAUCAACGAAAGCAGUUUUAGAGAGACGUUUAAUGAUAACGCGCAAAUUUAGCACUUACUGGAAAUUGGGAGAGGAAGUGAGAUACUUAGGACGACCCUAGGUGAAAGAAAGAAGAACGAAUUAAACGUCACAAUAAAAAACUAAUAACUACAUAGCAUACGUGCAAUUAAUUUUCCACCACCCCACGGGGAGCCAGCAACGGUGGGUCGCCAAGCAGAGACACAUGGUCUGGGGCAACAAAAAAAAAACAAGCGCAAAACGAAAGGAGAGAAAACUAAUUAAAAAAGCUGGAAAAAUGCACUAGCGUCAAAAUUAAUUCGCUUGCAGCGCAGAGUGGCGGCGGAAAGUGAUACACGCCCGGAACGCAGGAUAUGUCCAAUUGUAGUAAAAAUUUCAGGCAGAAAAUAAAUAGCACAAUUUAGCAGUAAUUAGGCGCUGGGGGUGACCUAUUUCCACAUGCUGGAAAAAAGCACGACUCGUCUGGAACAAAAAAAAAAAAUUAAAAAAAAAAGCAGCACCACGGCUUACAUCAUAUGGGGAUAUAACGAGAGAGCGACCGAGCCAAUUGGUAAUAAGCUGAAACGAAUAUAAAAAUGAUCAACGCCUGUGAACAGCUCGCGUGAAAACGAAUGUAAUUAAUUACAAUGUAAAUUUCUCCCGAUUAAUAAAUUGACGAGUGCCGACGGCGGCGGCAGCGGCAGCGGCGGACGGAAUUCCACGCACGCUGCGCAAACGCGCGACUCAGCAGCGACGUAUCAUUUGUGCAGGCUCUGUGGAGGCUGAGUUAUAGUGUUCUGUCAGUGCGCUCCACCAACCAACCGGUCUACAGUCAGCGAAGUCACCGCGCGAAAGCUUCGAUCGAUACUCGUGCUCCUCCGGGUGGGUGAGAAUAGCCCCUUCGGGUCGAUGUGUGGUGAGAAUUCUGCAACGUGAUCAUAAAUCUCCGAUGAUAUAUCAUCCGCGUGAGGGAGCAUUUAUUCGUCUUUCGGGAAUCAAAAAACCAGAUACAAAAUCUGUGAGACGACGGCGACGAGAAGUGAGUAAUUGUGGGACAUAAAAUUUGGAUGUUUUCGCAGUUAAGUUCGCGGAGCAAGAAGAAGAAAGAAAACAAAAAAGAGUCGCGGAUCAGGGUGGCGGAGACCUUGGAUAGUGACGUGAAACAGUUGAUCCGAAAGUUGGUCAGCUGAUGGUUAUCCAAAUUCAAGCGAAACAGCAAAAAAGUGAUCUACAAAAAAAACAACGACUUGUGGAGCAAAGUGCGUGUGUGGGUUAGGGAGACAUUCCGGAAUCUACGUUUGGGUGGAAUUCUCCUGCAAAAUUUGCUGCGACAGCAGGGGUAGCAGCGUUCGAGAGUGCGUUCCUGCCUUUAAUGUGAAAAAUCAUAUGAAAUGGUGACAUUAAUGCCUUGUAGUUAUAUAUCUGCCCCCCGGAUCUCCAUCAUUGAUAAAAUGAUAGAGAUAGAACCAAAGGGUAAAAGAUCUCGAACAGAAGCGCCGGAAUCUACCGACAGAAGUAGGAAUUAUAACUCCGCGUCAGUAUCAAGCCUAAGCUCGGGAACAUCGGCUGAUAGCUGUCUGCCACCGAGUGGUUCAACGCUGCACUAUCCCACGGCUUCGCAUUCCGCAACUUCGUACCCACUUUUGAACAAUAAUUAUCGUUCGUUCGGUGGUUCCACAGCCCAUAACGGAUUGAGUUUGCCAUAUCACGCAGGCUCGGGUCACAGUUCCUCCUCGGGAACUGGUGGAGCUUCACGGCUGAACGGAGGCGCUACUUCAACGAUUACAUCGGGCGGUAGCAGUAGUGCCGGUACCACAGGCAGUUCACUAGAUGAAAUUUGUUCGUCCAGUGCAAUCAACAGCGGAGGUAUCGGUCUGAGUGGUAGUAGUGGAGGCGCAUUGACAGCUGGACUGGGUCCGUCAGAGCUUGGAAUGUCUCACUGGCUGACCGACGGUACAGUCAAGUCGGAAAUUCGCAGUCCCGGACUGGACGCAGCCAUCUCCGCCGGUAAUCUGCCGGUAGGUUCAACCCAUCUCGAUACCUCACUGUUUUGUGCCAAUCCCAACAACCUGGAUGCACUACAGAGCACUGCUAAUUCGUACGAGAAGUCCGAAUACUACCCUUACGCGUACAACAUGCAACAGUACGCUCCCUUCACAUACUCAUCGUACGGCUCGCCGUAUCAGACGAGAACUUCGUCGAAAAUUCCGUCUCCAAAUACAUAUCUUCCGUCCAGCUAUGCGGCAGCGGCUGCCAACAACAACUCAGCACAAAUCUACUCAUCCUAUGGCUACAACAACUUCGCACAGUUCGGCACCAGUCAGCAGGACUACUACAACUACAACGAUCCAACAUACUCUCCGUACUACCAAACCACAACCUACCCACCGUACGUCAGUUCGCCAGGAUCGAGCGGGAGUCAGAGUUUCCACGUACCGGCUGGUCUGACGGCGGAAAGCCCUUCCGAGGCGCAUUCUGCGGCAACGCCUACGAUGCUAGCGCACUCCCACUCGCCCCAAUCCCCGCUAUCCAUUUCACCCACAAUUCAGGCAGGUUCCGCAGCUGCUGUGGCAGCGGCGGCAGCGGCAGCAGCCGCAGCAAAAACAACACCCACCGGGAAGCCAGGACGAGCACGAGGGCGUCGACACGCACAUCCCAGUCCCACAAGGAGUUCAACAUGCGAAUCUGGUGUCACGGAGAAAGCUCCCGAACGGAUUUUUGUGUGGGAUCUAGACGAAACCAUAAUAAUUUUCCACUCGCUACUGACGGGGACCUAUGCCGCAAAAUAUAACAAGAGUCGAGACCACCACAUGCAGCUAGGGUACCGGAUGGAGGAGCUUAUUUUCAACAUGGCGGAUUCGUACUUCUUUUUCAAUGACCUGGAGGAGUGCGACCAAGUGCAUAUCGACGAUGUGUCCUCGGACGACAACGGGCAGGAUCUGAGUAAUUACAAUUUCCCUGCAGAUGGCUUCCACACCGGAACUGGACAAGGAGCUCCACCUAAUAUUUGUCUUCCGAAUGGUGUCCGCGGAGGCGUCGAUUGGAUGCGAAAGCUAGCUUUCCGCUAUCGGAAAAUCAAGGACACGUACAACACCUACCGAAAUAACGUCGGAGGUCUUUUGGGGCCCCAAAAGCGUGAACACUGGCUGCAGGUUCGAUCGGACAUCGAUUUCGAAACUGACAGCUGGCACAGUCUCACACUCAAAUGUUUGAACAUGAUUGCGCAAAGGGAAAACUGUGUGAACGUGUUGGUGACAACGACCCAGCUAGUUCCGGCCCUAGCCAAAGUGCUGCUUUAUGGGUUAGGACAAAUAUUUCCAAUAGAAAACAUCUACAGUGCAAACAAAAUAGGCAAAGAAUCAUGCUUCGAACGAAUUGUGACCCGAUUCGGCCGCAAGAGCACGUACGUGGUUGUGGGCGAUGGCCAGGACGAGGAAAGCGCUGCCAAAAAUCUGAACUUCCCCUUCUGGCGGAUAUCGAGUCACAGCGACAUCCGGUCGCUGCAUACCGCCCUGGAGAUGGGAUUCUUAUGAAGCUGCUCACCAAACCUCGUUAAGCUCGUCAUCGUCGUUGUUGUUGUAGAUGCAAACGAAACUCUAGUGAAAUUAGGCAGCGUAAGCUCUAUCUUUAAACACACCGUAAAAAAAGACAGUUUUUCUUUUAAGUGGUAGAUUGUAAGUGAAAUAGUGUGUAAAGCAUAUUUAAAUUCAGUACAGUAAACGUGUAAAAAUAUUGCAAGUGAGACUCUUAAAGCCAAAAUGAUGAAUCUUCCGUAAAGGUUUGCAACGCUCGCGUCUCGCAACAGGUCGAUUUGCAUAGCAUUUAGUUAUAUUUUUAUAUUGAAAUUCACUUUUGCGAUCUGUGGGUAUAAACGCUCAAAAAACGACAAACAACUAAUGCUAGGACUAACUGAGUUUAGUUCGCAUGUUAAUCCCAGUGCAAAUAUCAAUCUUUCUCGCGGAUUCUCAACAAACUAGGCUAAUUCCGACUUUAGCUGAAUUGUAAAUAACGAGUACUCGAUCCUGUCGGGGUGUAUUUUAUGAACUAACUUCUUCACAAUUCAAAUAUCAAAUAGUCAAUGAUUGAUUAUCUUUGCAUAAAACAGGUAUUAUCAUUUGUAUGAAAGUAAUGUUUAUUUUUAUAUUAUUGUGUUAUAGAACCGUAAGCCAUCUGUAUAUAAAACCAAUCGAAUUAAAUCAAAAUAUCAUUAUUAUUACAUCUACGGCAAUGUUUACAAUACUUAACCAUGCAAAAGAAUAAAACCAAUUAUUUAUAAGCCUCAA